AUGGGGUGGUGGAGGGAAGCUGGGCUCACAUUGGACGGAGGAAGUCAAGGGCAGCAGUUUGGACGGAGGAAGUCAAGGGCAGCAGUUUGGACGGAGGAAGUCAAGGGCAGCAGUUUGGACGGAGGAAGUCAAGGGCAGCAGUUUGGACGGAGGAAGUCAAGGGCAGCAGUUUGGACGGAGGAAGUCAAGGGCAGCAGUUUGGACGGUGGAAGUCAAGGGCAACAGUUUGGACGGAGGAAGUCAAGGGCAGCAGUUUGGACGGUGGAAGUCAAGGGCAGCAGUUUGGACGGAGGAAGUCAAGGGCAGCAGUUUGGACGGUGGAAGUCAAGGGCAGCAGUUUGGACGGUGGAAGUCAAGGGCAGCAGUUUGGACGGAGGAAGUCAAAGGCAACAGUUUGGACGGAGGAAGUCAAGGGCAGCAGUUUGGACGGUGGAAGUCAAGGGCAACAGUUUGGACGGAGGAAGUCAAGGGCAGCAGUUUGGACGGUGGAAGUCAAGGGCAGCAGUUUGGACGGAGGAAGUCAAGGGCAGGAGUUUAGACGGAGGAAGUUAA